AUGAUGGAACUGGAAUCGCUACCCAAUGAAAUCUUGCUAGAUCUAUUCGAAUAUUUUUCUAUUAUUCAACUUUUACGUGAUUUUAAUGGCCUCAAUUUUCGUUUGAAUCAACUUCUAUUUGUUCACGCUAGUGUUUAUCAUCUAGAUUUUCGAUCUAUAUGUCGAGAUGAUUGUAAAAUUCUCUGCCACCAACAUCUUCCGGCAAUUAUUGAUCGCGCUAGUUCGCUUCGUCUAUCAGAUGAUAAUGACGAUAAUCCACAACAAAUCAAUGUAUUAUUUUCUUAUAGUAUCAUUCUACGAGAAUUCAUUCAUUUACGUGCACUCUCAUUAUGUAAUUUACAUUCCGUAGAGACAAUGAAUCGAAUAAUGAUCGAGAGGCGCAAUCUAUUGUGUCUCACUCAUCUGAAACUUGUUCAGUGCGAUUCUAUAUUUGAACGGAUCAAUAGUAUGCAUCUAUUCGACAGUAUUUAG